AUUUUACCCUUGACGGUCAUGGCGACUUCGAGCGCGUUACAAGCGUCCCUUGAAGCACACAACGACACCUUCGAGUCUCUGCUGCGGCUUAUUCCGGCGAAGUAUUACAUCCAGCAAGAGCUCUCCGAAGAACAGGCAGCCUCCAAAUACCAAAAGCACAGCAAAAAGCAGAAGGCGCCUAAACAAGCCGUGAAGGAGGCGUCUAAAAAAGCGCGGCGCGAAAAGCUUGACCCGGAAAACCACAAGACAGUUGUUGAUUUACUCGACGCUUCUGAAACGGUGCACAGUAGCUCGAAGAAGGGCAAAGGGAAGCGGAAAGCAACAACACCAUCCUCCGACGAUGACUCCGACUCUCCAGCGCUCGCGAUGGACGUUGACAUUGACCUAGGCGACGAACAGUCUGAUGAUGAUGAAAUGGAGGAAGACAUUGUGCCCAUGCCUCAGUCAGGAGGUAUUGGUGAGCUGCGCGAUAAGCUCCACGCGAGAAUGGCAGCACUUAGACGAGGCGGGGCUGGGCACGGAGACAGAGAUGCAUUAUUAAAUGAGCGGAGACUGCAACGUGCGGCAAUGCGAGAACGGAGGCGGAAGGAAACUAAGGAGAAAAUCCGCAGAGAAGAAGAAGCAAAGGGAAAAGGGAAAAAAGACAAGGAGAAGGAGAAAGCAGUUCAGAGAGACAAGGGGAACACAGCCAAGACACAACUCUUGGUGCCGGAUACUAACGGUCGCAAUAAGCCGCCAUCGUCUGCCCCAGGCGUUGCUACCGUCGCGUUUUCCUCUAUAGCGGGCGCUAGCUCCUCAAAGCAAUCACAGAAGCUGAAAACCAAUUCAAACCCCACCCACGCCCUGGCCCAAAUCGCGUCUCGCAAAGAGAAACUGUCCUCAUUACCAGAAGACAAACGAAAAGCCAUAGAGGAUCGGGAAAAAUGGGACAAGGCUGCUGCUCGAUUAGAAGGUGUCAAAGUCAGGGACGACGAGGGACGAUUAAAAAAGGCGGUCAAGCGGAAGGAGAAGGAAAAGGCAAAAAGCAAGACAGAUUGGGAUCAACGCAAAAAGGAUGUCGCUGCCUCCAUGGCCGCAAAACAGAAAAAGCGGACGGACAAUAUCGCUAUGCGCAACGAGAAACGCAAAGGUGGCCCGUCGAAGGGGAAGAGCGGGAAAUCCCGACCCGGUUUCGAGGGCAAGGCAUUUGGGAAGGGCAACAAAGGAAAGAAGCACAAGUAG